UGAAGACAAAUUUGAGCUGAGCAAAACGCGGAGAACAGAUAAGGUGUCUCAAUUGGACGAUGGCACUUACGGCUAACAGGUAGAUGUUUUGGCGGUUUUAUGGCUCACGAUGAAUCCCCCUGGGAUCCUCAAGAUAAGGAUGUUCAGCUCCUCUGAGUUUAUUUAAUAAGAAAACUCACUUCCACUUUAACAGCUUUGAUGAACUUGCGGAAUAAUCGAGAGUGGAACAUGGAACAGCUGGGCAAUCACUUAUGACAAGUAAAUAACUUCAAGAACAAAAGAUCAGGAAAGUUUUGGAAAAUAACAUUAUGUACAGCGUGGCUGCAUCUGAUUGGAUAAAACCGGGGGAAUAAGAUAACCAACACAUGCAGAUAUUCGGAGUAGAACUCUCGACUCACCAUGUGGCUAUUGUUUGGGUUUCUCUUCGUUUCAUAUGCAGCAGGCUACAUAGAGGCAAAUGAGUACAGCAUACAUAACGCAAGCACCCUGUGGUCAGGGGCUGUCGAGAACUGCCAGCGGAAUGGUUCAGUAUUGGCUGUACUUGAUUCCCAGCACAAAAUUGAUCAACUGACAAGCAGUUUUCUUUCUCAAGGAAACAAUAGAAAAAAUAAGUAUUGGAUUGGACUUAGGUACAACGGAUCAACGGAACAUUACGUUUGGAGUUCAGGAGUUCUUGCUGACAAAGUUUCAGUAACGAACUCUAUCUGCGGAAAACAUCAGACACCACUUAAUCAGAAAGACUGGUGUUACUUGGUAAAGGAGAGUCCCUCAGUUUGCUUUGAAAAGCGGGAAUGCAACAAGAGCCAUCGGUAUGGUUACAUUUGCCAACCAGUUACUGACAGAGUAUCGCCUACCACUUCAAGUAGUCCAGCUCCAACCGUCCAAAGUGUAGAUCUCAAGGUGGAUCAAAAUCCGCUGUCGAAAUUUUCUUCUGUCAUGAGUUCCCUUAAUCCAAAAGAUCCAUUUUCUUUAAAGCUUGCAACAAAUGCAUUCAAAGGAUUUGCCGAGUCUUUAAAGUCGGAGCACGAUAAAAGAGAGAAAAAAAUAAAUUUGAUUUAUUCCACUCAAAUUGUUGAAGAGUUUGCCUUCAAAUACGGGUCCUUCAACUUGAAUGCAACCAAGAGUGAAGAGAGGACCGAAAACGAACACAUAGUCUUACAGGUAUCCUUGGUGCCAAGGGGUUAUCACCGAAGUUUCACAUUUACUGGAGCAGUGGACUUGGACGAAGUAGCGAGAAUCACGCUUCCUUCUUAUUUAUUUCAAACCAAUGAUACUAUUGCGGUUAAUACUUUGUACCGAGAUCUCCAUGAAUUUCUCGACAACCUAGGCUCCAGGGAAGAUAAAAUUCAUUCCAUGAUCCUAGGAAGUGACGUUGGACCGUCUAAACAGAAAAUUUUCAGGGAGAACGUCACAAUUGUUUUCCGCACGUUGGAGGAAAAGGGAAAAUACAAGAAAUCAAGGCUAGAUUGUGUAUUCUGGCAGUGGAAUUACUCCCUUCCAGCAAAUGGAAGUUGGUCAAACGAUGGUUGUUCACUGGUGGAAUCAAAUGCAACGCACGUGGUUUGCACGUGUAACCAUUUAACAAAUUUCGCUAUUUUAAUGAACAUCGAAAAACACGAGUUUUCAGAGGGACAUAAAGAAGCUCUUUCCUAUAUGACAUACAUAGGAGUUGGUAUUUCAUUGCUUGGCGAGACAGUUACUUUUAUAGCCUACUUGCUAGUACUAUGUUCCAGCCAUGAGCAGCAAAGUCACGUGCAUAUAAACCUGGUUGCCACUUUAGCUGUUGCACAGAGUAUAUUUUUGGCGGGAAUUAACGCUACUCAGAAUCAGGUGUUGUGUAUAACUGUUGCUGCCAUGAUUCAUUACUUCUAUUUGUCUUCCUUCUGUUGGAUGCUAAUAGAAGGUGUUAUGCUGUAUCUACUGAUAAUAGAGGUCUACAAUACUGAGCUCAAAUUGCGUCUCUGUUAUCUGUUUUCACUGGGCUGCCCAGGUCUUAUAGUUGGAGGAACCCUGAUAUUUGCUUCCUUGAACGAGCCAGGUAUAAAUCAGUACAUAACCAAAAAAUGGUGCUGGCUUUCAACAGAAAAUUAUUAUAUAUGGUCGUUUGCAGGACCAGUGGUAGUUAUAAGUUUUGUGAACAUAGUUGUAUUUUGCAUAGUUGUGAAAGAAAUGGUAAACAUGACAAGCAUACAGUCAAAUAAAUUUAGCAGAGUCAAGACAACCGUAAAGGCCUGCAUUGUCUUAUUCCCCCUCUUGGGGGUCACGUGGCUUUUUGGGUUAUUGAGUAUGAUAAAUUCCAGUGUUGCCUCUCAAUACAUCUUCACUUUACUUAAUUCCCUUCAGGGAUUGAUGAUUUUCAUUUUUCAUUGUGCGAGAAAUUCGGAGGUGAAACUGGUAUGGAGCAGCAAGUUAAAAAGGAUGAAAAAACGAGCUUGUCGCUUCAUUAGAAUCAGAAUCCAUUCACAAACCAACACUUGUGGAGAAAACAAUUCAGACAAAAACAAACCUUCUGAAGUAGAACUUGCCAGAAGGAAAAGCAAGAUCGCUCCUGUUGAAGGAUAGGAUGAACAAUCACGAGCGAUCACGUUCACACAAACGUGUCAUCACGUCCGAGGUGAAGCCUCCAGAGGGAGCAACAAAAUUACUUCAGUCAAUCGACAUGAGGAAGUAUCACGAGCUAUCACGUUCACGCAAGCAGUAUAUCACGUCCGAGGAGUUACCUAAAGGAAGGAAGAAUAACUAUAUUUAUUACACGACUGGGGGAGUGAGAGGGCCAAUA